AUGGCGGACGAGGACAGGGGUUUACAUUUGGACCCUGCCUCUCUGACCCAUCUGAGGACCCUGAUAGAAAAUGGGGAACCCCCCGCUUACCGUGAAACAGACUCCCCAAACAGCGAGGACAUUUUUGCUAUGAAUUAUGAUGAAGGAACAAGGCUGAUACUACUUCUGAAAGAGUUCAUUGAAGAAAAAGACAUCGAUGAAGCAAAGGAAACACUUCAAAAAUUUGUAACAUUAGGACUUGACAUUAGAGACUUUCAACUCGACAAAAAGCCAAACAAAUCAAGAAAAGCAUACAUAUCCAAAACCAAUGAGACCAUUCUGCAUCACGCGGCCAAGUAUGACACCGGGGGCAUUGUCAGUGCUAUCCUGGACAAGUUUCCUGAGCUGGUAUCUGAGGCGAAGCUUGGGAUUGAGUACAAAGGGCAGACCGCUCUUCAUAUAGCUAUAACACGGGCCAACAAUGCUGCCAUCGAUCUCAUUCUUAGGACCGCAAAAAAGUGGGAUGAAAUUAUCCUUAAAAAGCAGGAAGAGAGUGAACACGAUGUUGGUGAAAAACCAUGUAUGCUGAAAAGUCUUCUAGCAACACCAGCGACCGGAAGAAGAUUUGAAGGAACGGUCAUGAUGGGAGAGCUCCCACUAUUCGUCGCAGCGCUAAAGUUUGAUUUCGGCAUGGUGGACAAAUUGCUUGGAUUUGGAGCUGAUAUCUGCACGAGAAAUGCUAGCGGCGAUACGAUAUUUCACUCCAUGAUUAGGUAUCUUAGCAGAAAACGGGAUAAGGAGGACGAGGUCAAACGCAUGAUGAACCAUCUCAAUACUCAUCUCCAAGACAUCACCAAGCAGAAAAAGGAAGAAAUGGAAAAUGAGGAUAUACGACGGCUAGAAAAUGAUGACAAUCCCGAUGAAGAAAACAUUAAAGAAAACAUUAAACGUUUUAACAAUUAUGUACAUCUGUGGUUGAUGAAAGACCAAGACGGGUUCACUCCCUUGAAACUAGCAGCCAAACAUCAACUGGUUCACGUCUUUGAAUACAUCCUAGAGCUGAAAGAUGUGUAUUGCUUUCAGAAUGAGGAUGAGGGCUUAUUUGACAUCAAAAAGUACGACGUCACUGAAAUAGAUUCAAUUGCCAACUACAACACAGAGAUUGAAGAAAUGGAGGGGGAGGAAAAAACGGAUGUUUUUUGUAAUAGCUGUAGAGUUGUCUUCCCUGAAAACGAGUCUGUCCUGGAAAUGAUGUUUGAUAAAAACUACACUAGGAAAUUCUCUUCAAUCAUCAUAGAAAUGAUGCCAGUGAAGAAGUUGAUACAGAAGAAAUGGAAGAAUGUUGUCGCUUUGUAUUCAUUGUGGAUGAUCAUUCAGGUUGGACUGAUGAUAUGUCUGAGCAUAUACGCUGUAGAGCGUUCCUACUGGCACGAGUCAGAGGUAAAAGACAGCGAAACAGGCUUAGGCAACUAUUUCAAACACAACAGAUCAUUGUACUAUUUCCUAUUCUCGUUCCAGUGGAUCGCAUUUAUCAUCGCUAUCUUCUACGUUGUCAUCGUCAUCCUUUGUUGUAUUUCGAAGGUCAAGCGACCAAAUCUAGGUAGAUACUACAUGCACAACCUUGAAUAUAUCCUUCUGAUGCUGGUCUUUGCUGUAGCUGUGAUAGUUGACGUUCUCCUAACACAGGCUUUAGGGAGACAUGAAGGGAAUCCCCCUGAUCAUCGCGCUGUUCUCUGGUUGGUGGUUCAACGUAUUUUUUCUCCGUGGCUGGCAUCUCUUAGUUUCUUUACGGUCAUGAUCAAGGAGGUCAUUUUUGGUGACUUUUUACGAUUUUCCGUCAUCAUAGCAUUUCAGUUGUUUGCAUUUACGACGUGCAUGCACACGAUGUUUCAGGGAAAGGAUGUACCCACCAUUGAUGGGAGUGAUGAUAACCAUUUCGGUACGACACUCAUCACCAUGUUCAACCUCAUGCUUGGGCUUGGAGAGAUCGAAUAUCUGUUCCAAGCCCGCGUACAAUGGCUGGCUUUGACUCUUUUUGUUCUAUUUGUUCUGCUGACGUACGUACUUUUACUAAACGCCCUGAUAGCCAUGAUGUCGUCGACUUGUGAGAAUGUCCUCUCGGAGAAGUACUCCGUAUGGAGAAUACAACAGCUCUCCAUUAUCCUUUUCAUCGAGGACCUUUUCCUUGUUACCUGUCUCAAACGAUUCACCAGAAGUCCAGGCAACAAGCGCGCCAAGGACGUGUACGAUCCGAUUGAAGAUACGGUCUCGCAGGACCAACAGCGCUAUCUUCUCGAUAUGAAGUCGCGUAAGAGGACAUUUACUGAAGAGGAUACAGACGUCAUGAGGAAGAGGACACAAGAGGAAAUCAGAAAAACUGUCAACCAGAAACUCAAGCAAAAUAUGGAGGAGUCUAUUUCCGGACCGAAAAAGAGUGACGAACAACCUCUGGUAGAGAAUGAUUUUCUAAUGCGUAGCGACAUCGAAGGGCCAAGACUGAAGUCGUACACCCGAGAGUUUAAAGAGGAGCUUCCGAAGAUACCGGAAGACAACUCCACCCAGGCUCGCGUCAGCAAGUGGAUGGCAACCAUGCACUGAUACGUUAAGGCGAAUUUAUUCAUGAAAAAAACCAUUUGGGUUAUACAAAUAUGCCUUGUAUGAAGAGUUCCCUAGUUCCGUCUUGAUUUCCACAGUGUUGAUCCCAGUAUCGCCAAAUAGUGCAUGGAUGAAAAAUGAAACUAUAUUGACCAUUUGGCACAAGAUUUUAAUAAUCCAUUGUGGUGCUAUUAGCCUGUGUGUUUUUAACAAUCUUAAAGACAAACUGAUAUACAUUUAAAUGGGCAUGGAAAUAAGGACAACGAACGGAGUUAUAAUCUAGUAUUAUAUAAAUUUUAUAAAGAGACUAAGUGUGUUUUAAAAAUCCAAACAUUCUAAUAUUUGUUUAGGAAUCAAUUAUUAAAAUUCUUCGAUGAUGUUA